GCAAGUGUGUCCCCAUGGACCCUGCGGCUCCUGGCACCGCCUGGCACCGCCUGGCACCGCCUGGCACGGCCACAAAGGCAUCGCUGUGGGACACGGAGCCGGCCGGAGCAGGGGACCGAGAGCCGCCCGCUGCCAUGCCUGUGACCCUCACCCUGCCCGGCCCGGCGCCCUGGGGCUUCCGCAUCAGCGGCGGCAGAGACUUCGGGAAGCCCAUCACCGUGUCCAAGGUGACAGAGCUUGGGAAGGCAGCAGCGGGUGACCUGCGUCUGGGGGACGUCAUUGUCACCAUCAAUGGGGAGAGCACAGCUGAGAUGCUCAACGUGGAGGCGCAGAACAAGAUCAAGCAGAGCCCUGGGCAGCUGCAGCUGCAGGUGGAGAGGUCCCUGGUGCCACCUCCCAGCCAUGCCAACGGGGACACCUCACCAGAGGGGCUGAGCACCCGCUUCCAGGACACGCUGAGGAUGCAGGAAGGGUGUCAGGGCACCCAGAGAGCUGCCUCCUGCAGCCCCACAUCCCUGAACCCCCAGCCUGGCAGUGGCAGCUCCCAGCCCUUGAAGGAGGAGGAAUUUGCAUGUCCUGGGCUCUGCCAGGAGCGAGGAAGCCUGAGCUGCCAAAACAGCCCCCCAGGGUCAAUCCUGCCUCCACGCCCUCGCCCACCCUCCCCAGAGCUCAGGACCCCCCCAAACCCCUGGGAGAUGUUCAGGGAGCGGCGCCGCUCCUCCCCCUCUCCCAGCCCCUGCAGCAGCCUGGGCUCCGAGCCGGCCAUGAGGCGCUUGGAGGAGGAUUCCGAGGUCUACAAGAUGCUGCAGGAGAACCGGGAGCUGCGGGCGGCCCCGCGCCAGUCCAGCACCUUCCGCCUGCUGCAGGAGGCUCUGGAGGAUGAGGAGGCCCCGUUCCCCAGCCGGCUCUCGCCCGGCGCCCGCAGAACCGCUCCCGGCGUCCCGAAACUUCGCGUCUGCGAGAAAUGCGGCGGCAGCAUCGCGACGCAGGCGGUGCGGAUCCAGGACGGGCGGUACCGGCACCCAUCCUGCUACGCCUGCGCUGACUGCGGCCUCAACCUGAAGAUGAGGGGUCACUUCUGGGUGGGGGAUGAGCUGUACUGCGAGAAACACGCCCGGCUGCGCUACCAGGGUCCCCCGGCGGGGGUCACCACCAGCUCUCCGGUCUCCCCCCACUCCUGAGCCCCCUGAACGACGUGAUGGGGAGGUCACUGCAUCCCUUCACCUCCCCCUUUCCUCAGAACACGACCCCACUGCUUUGGUAGGGUGGGGGUCUGCGGUGUGUGUGUGGUGGGGGGGAGGAUGUUGGAUUGGGG